AUGUCGUCCUUCACGGGCGUGUCUGUCGCCGACGGCAACAACCAGUCCAUCUGCGAGACGUCGGCCGUGGACGCCAGCGGGGACAGCGGGUACCACCUGUUCAUGGUCAAGGCCUACUCGCGCAUCAAAGACCUCCUGUCCAUGGGCGAGUGCGUCGCCUCUGGUUCUUUCACAAUAGGAGGCCAUGAUUGGUUAAUCGAGUACUACCCUAACGGGGACAACCCGCACUGCGCCGGCUUCAUUUCGCUCUUUCUAACCCUUCUCGACACCGAUGUCGAUGUCGACGGAGAUGUUGAAAAGGCCGUGGAGGCAAAGUUCAGUUUUAGUCUCAUCGACCAGGUUGAGAAGCAGAUGCCAAUGUACGUCCGUGGAACCAGUGAGACUCGCAGCUUCUCCGGCAGCGCGCCAACCUGGGGCAAUGGCAGGUUUGUGAGAACAGAUGCCCUUGAACGGUCAGCGGAUCUCAGGUCUGAUUGUUUCACCAUCCGGUGUGACGUCGUGGUUUGUAACACCAAGGAUGAUGAUGCCGGUGGCAACGAGGCUCUCCCUUCGGGCAUACAACAAGAUUUUAGCAGUCUCCUUCAGAAUAAGGUGGGUUCUGAUGUGACAUUUCAGGUCGGCGACGAGACCUUCGCCGCACACCGCUGUGUGCUCGCUGCCCGAUCCACGGUGUUCAUGGCACAACUCUUUGGCCCCAUGAAAGAGGGCACUGCUUCAUCCAGUGUCAUACAUAUCAAAGACAUGGAAGCAAAGGUGUUCAAGGCUUUGCUUAGCUUCGUCUACACAGACUCAUUCCCUGAGAUGUACGAGGAGAUCAUGGAGGAGAAUGCAAUGUCAGAAGCAGCCGAGGAACAAGGACAAGAAGUGGAAGAGGUGGAGGAUGAAACGGGGCUGCAAUGGCUGCUAGAUUUGCUUGUAGCAGCAGACCGGUACGAUCUCCAGCGGCUCAAGUUCAUCUGUGAAAAGCAGCUGUCUCAGCGCAUAGGUGUGAGCUUGGUGGCAUCUGUUCUUGCUCUAGCCGAGCAGCACCACUGCCAUGGAUUGAAGGCAGCGUGCUUGAAGUUUAUCCAAGCCCAAUCCCCCUCGCGUUUGCAGACAGUAAUGGCGACUGAUGGUUGGGAUCAUGUGUAUACGACAUACCCCUCUCUUGUGAAUGAGUUCAUUGCCAAGCUUAUUGCUUCGACCCAGAAGUAA